AUGGCACCAUAUGAGGCUUUAUACGGGUGGAAGUGCAAGUCCCCUAUUGGUUGGUUUGAUGUUGGUGAAACAAAGCUGUUAGGACCUGAGUUGGUGCAACAAGUGGUAGAGAAAGUUAAGUUAAUUCAAGAAAGGUUAUUGACGGCUCAGAGCCGACAGAAGUCAUAUUCAGACAACCGACGUAGAGAUAUGAAGUUUGCCGUGGGAGAUUGGGUAUUUCAGAACGUGUCGCCUAUGAAAGGCAUAAUGAGAUUUGGCAAGAAAGAGCUAGAGGCAGUCCAUCUGGUAUUCCAUGUCUCCAUGCUUCAUAAAUGCUUAGGCGAUCCUUCUCGUAUCACCCCUAUUGAGGAUAUUCAAGUUACUGAGGACUUGUCGUAUGAGGAAGUUCCUGUCACCAUCCUAGAUCGUCAAGAUCAUAAAUUUCAAACUAAAGAGGUAGCUUCGGUUAAGGUAUUGUGGUGGAAUAAUAAUGUAGAAGAGAUGACGUGGGAGGCAGAAGAAGAUAUGAAAGCUCGAUACCCUCAUUUGCUCCAAUCUUCUGGUUUACAUUGA